CAUGUUUUAGUCGUAGUGUAAUAGUUAUCGUGCCUAAACGGAGCACAUGAACUUUCUUACUUUCCUUUUCGGUCCAUAGUCUUCAAAAUGUGUGCGUUCAUCAGGUGUCCUUGUCCACCUGCCCUCGACGCGCUUUCUUUUCAACCCCACCAUCCGCUACCCGACGCGUCGUCGAUUUACAUGACACCAUACCACGGUUGUAUGUAGCUGGAAUACUGAUUAGCGACUAUAAAAGAUACUCUCAAGCUCUAGAUCGUUAUAUCGGAAAGAGACGGGCCCGUUUAUCCCUCGUUCAAAGCGCAGCAUGGCGACUUCACAAGCACCCAUGGAGCCAGGAUUGAAGGAGCGAUUUUUUCGCUACUUCCAACAUGAAGUCACAGCUCUCCAAGAGCAGAUGGAGCGCCUAAACCAAAUGUCAGUCUCCGGCGGCGAGCGCAACGAUGCCGUGGACCACUGUCUGGCGGGCAUAGACCGACUCUCUCAUGAAGUCAAAGACGCCUCGGGUUAUAUUCCUACAUAUGACCAGCGAACCUACGGUGAGGCGAUCAAAGCGCUCUCUGAGAAGUUACAAAACAUCCGCAACUCCUUCAAUCCCCCGAAGAAGUUCCAGUUCAAGACACGCAGACCACCGUCCGCAAUACCUAGAAACGGUGCUGCAGAACUCGCUCAGUCACCACAGCCUCAUGCGCCAGUAUCUGCGUCUGAUACAUCCAACACCAACUCCUCGAUUGCGCCUACCCCACUCGAUAAACUGUUGCCAGGGGAAGACAACAGGCAAAAAGAAGCGACUUUAAACAAUAUCGAGGAAGACGGUCUCGAUGGGAUAGAUAGCGGCACAGGGAUACGGAGGCCUUCGUUCUCGAACGCGACAAAGGUCACUAUAUCGAAACACGAGGGUCUACACAUUAUACUGCCUACAUCAGCGUCGCACGCAACAAGCUCCGGAACUGUAGCGAAUCUUCGUAGAUGCAUAGUGGACCUUUCCCCCCCGACAGCGAACGGCGCUCCUUUUGCGGCCCUGUACCUUAAAAACAUCAAAGACUCACUCAUAAUCUGUGGCCAAGUUGAUGGCGCCAUACACAUCACAGAUAUCGAGAACAGCGUUAUAGUAACCUCAUGUCGCCAGUUCCGCAUGCACGGCUCGAAGAACAUGGAUAUCUAUCUGCAUUGCGCGAGUCGGCCCAUCUUCGAGGACUGCGAGGGCUUGCGCUUUGCCCCGCUGCCGGACGCAUAUAUGACGCCGGAAACACUGCAGUCUCCGAAUCAAUGGGACCAGAUCGACGACUUCAAGUGGCUCAAGGCGGAACCCAGUCCGCACUUCACUAUACUACCCGAAGCACAGCGUGUCCAAGAUACGGUCUGGAGAGACGUAGUACCGGGUGAACAUGAAGUGAGCUUGGACGACAUACUGAAGGCUGUGAUUGUGCGAUGA